CUUCUUGUACGAUAGAAUCAUGUGACAAACGAGCUCACAUUUCAAGCAUGUAGUUAUUCUCGCAUGAAAGCCUUUUCACAUGUAGUUACUCUUCCAUUGAAGCCUUAUUACGUAUAUCACGCGCACUGUGCCCAAACCCUUAUCGAUAUUUCGUGGUAAAAUGAAUAAUCCUGGAUGUGAAGUUCUUCCUAUUUGGAUGCUUGGAUGGAAUGUUUCCUUGUAUCAUCACUGGCGGAAGCCACCUUCGUCUGAAUGGAAUCAAACUUGUUAUGAAAAGAUAUUACAGUCCAAGAUGCAAGUAUUUUUUGUCUAUGAAACGUCUUAUUGCAAAGCUGAAGAUGAUGACCCAAAAGAUGCUAUAUUAUACUUCCAUCCACAAGAGGUGUCAGAUAGCCAAAAAUGUGCCCUUUGUUGCCAGUUAGUGGGAACUGUCCAGUUUUUCAGUUCUUGCUUUACGCUUCCAACAAUCAUCAACCUGGAGAAGGGUAAAUUUGCUGUCCAUGCAAGACAACAGUUCCUAGUUGCAUUAGGUGGCAGCACUGACAUGCCAGACUCCAUCUUAAUAUCGCAACUUCACUAUUUGUUGGCUAUGGUUCAGUUCUACCAUCAAAGCAUUGGAAAAGUCAAAAAUAUGUGUGGGAAGAACAGAACUAAGUUUCUAGAUGAAAUGCACGUCAUUUGGCAACACUGUCUUCCUGUCAGCCAACAUUAUGGUGAUGUCCUUUCUCUAACCUUCUCAGCUGUUCCAUAUCUUAAUAACUCUGAGUUUCAAGUGUCCAUCAACUUGGAAGCCUUACAUCUCGUUCAUGGAUAUCAGAAAUAUUCUGCAGUCAUUACAGGCUCUGUAUUCUGCAAAAAAAAGGUGGUGUGUACUCAAUUCCCUCCAGAAAUGACCCAAAUGUUAUUGGUUCUUCAGUCUCCACAGCAUGAGGUGUAUCCAGCAAAUGUUGGUGUUCAAUUCCUGCUUCCCCCUGGUGUUAGUCUAAAACAAGUGUAUUUAACUAGGGUACAGCUGAUGAAAUUGAUAGAGACAAAUUCUCAUAGUCGAGCUACGUGUUUCAAGAUACAGAAAUAUCUCAGGUCCACAAGAAACAGUGUUACACCAAAAGAACUGACUACCACUGACAGUGAAGAAGUUUGCAGCAACACACAUCGUUUGUACAAGCCAACAAAUAUCAGUAAUGCUACUGUUAACCAUGGCAGCAAACCUAGAAGUCUUCAACAAAGAUGCUUGAAUACUUAUAGACCUACUAAAUACUCAUCUGUGAGUGAUGACCAUGAUCAAGGAUUGAAACAUGCUGCAGUUUUAAGUAGGGAUGCCAAACCUAUUUUAUCUGGUCAGUGUUCUAAGAAUGAUUUUUGUCAAUCUGUUGUUGAAUCUAAAGUUGAACACAAGAUAGAUGUUAAGGUCCAUUCCCUAGUCAAAGAUCUAAAUGUGAAACAAAAAUUUGAAACUCUGUGUCAGACAGUACAAAAGUCACUGUCUAGCCUUUCAUUAGAUCCAGUUUUGCAGCAGAAAAAGGUGGAGAAAUCACAGGUAACACCUGUUAAUGAUCAGCCAUUUAAUGUUCUGAUUGGAGGCUGUAGAAGAACAUCACGAAGGUAUCACCCAAAGACAAAAAGAAAAACUUCAAGAGAGCGGUUGAAGUAUCAAACUACUAGUAUAUCAGACAGUUCUUGUUUGUUAUCUAAAGAUGCUGUCAGCUCAUCUGACUUUUGUGUAAAUAUAGAUGGAUUUCAUGAAAACAAAGUUAAGAAAGACCCAUUUCUCAAGAUAGGUGUGUUUGAGAAACCAGUUUUGAAUGAGAAAAAUGUUUUGACAUUUAGUGAUGCCACAGAGUAUUUUCCUAAUUUUCAAGAUCUUGAUGUUCGUCUUAAACACAAUAACUCAAAUCUGGAAAUGUUUUCUUCAGUUACUGGAGAAACUGAUUGGUAUCAUACUCUUCUAACCAGUUUUCCCCAUCUAAACAACAAGGAGAGUAUGGAUUGGCCUUUAAAGUUCACAUACACAUCAGAUUUCAGUUCCUACAUUGAUUUAAAUAAAAACAAGCUGAACCUUUUUCACCUGUUUCAGAACUCUUUUAGUUUACGAUCUCCAAGUAAUCUCACAAAACAGGAAUCAUCUGAAAAUGUUGGUAUUAAACAGGAUCAUAGCCACCAGUCAUCAUCCGAAUCCCACAGACAUUACAAAGAUGUUGAAGAUAGUAAAGAAAAAUAUGUUUCUGAGAACUGUGAGACAGUGCUUUCUGACGAAAGCAGCACUGAAGAUGACUGUAGUGACAGUGAAAAAGAGGAUCUUUAUCCAAUGAUUUUGUAUAUCCAGAGAUACUGUGAACUGGCAGUAGUCCUUCUCCUCGACCAAGAAGUUGGGUGUGAUGAAGAGGUCAUCCACAAGCUAUGGCAAGUUGGUCUGAAUCAGCUUAGCAAUUUGGAAUCAACCAUAAAACAAGGCAAAGAACAGAGUUCAUCAAUGGAAAGUUACCCAUUUAUUCAUCAAGUGGUAUUUGAUGUUGCCAAAAGACAACUUUCAGGUGGUUUUCUUCCAUUCAGCUCAAAGCAAAGGGUGGAUUUCAUGUUUGGCCGUCAUAUUCAGCAGAUUAGGGAAAAUUUCAAAAAGAAUCCUGGGUUAUCAGAAGUAAGAGUUGUCUCCCUUGAUGGGAAAUCUGUAUUAGCUCACCAAUCUUCUGGUGAACAAGCCUUUUUCCAGGAAAUAAAACCACCCUCAAGUCUUGUGCAGACUACUAGCCGUUCAGGUUCAAGUCGGUCCACUGGAGUAGUUGAUAGACUGCGAAUGGAGUUUGCUUCUCUAGUACAUUAAAUUAGAGUAGUUUCAGCAACUGAAAACUUUUCUGAGUCUUUAGGCGCAGGCAGCCACUCAUACCCUCUCAGGAACUUAAGCUUUUGUGCUUUUUUUUUUAUAUCGAUAUAUUGUAAAUAGAGCUUGUAAUGUAUAUAAUUGUGAUGUUAUGUACAGUCUUAUAACGGUGAUAAAAAUAUAUGUAAAACUGUUAACAAAAAUACCUUUAAUGAUUAAAUCCAACUAUUAUUUUAUGUGUGUUCUGAAAAAAAUUGGACUAUUUAGAUUAUAUUUAUUAUAUAAGAUUAGUUUUGAGGUUUGAAAGACAAAAUCCUUUGUAGAUCAGUGCUAGUACCAAAGUGUUCUGUAUGUUUACCUUUCUAUUCAACAGCUUCAUAUUGCAUUAUUUCUCAGGGUUAAGGGUAAAUAUGGCAUUUUUAUUGUAUUUUUACCAUGCCAUUUUAUAACUUUUUAUUAACCUGUAUGCAUUUUAAAUAGUAAGGUGAAUUUUCGGUAAAUACAUAGUUUUUACUAACAACUUUUAUGAUAUGCCCUAUAUUUGUUAGAAAAGUUGCAGCCAGGAGUAACAUUCCUGAUUUUGAGAACUCAUUUUUAGUUCAUUUUACUGAUUCCUAUCCUCUUUUGAAUUAUUACUGUAUUUACAGGUAUCAAAACAAAACACAUUGCUAUAUUCUAAGUUGUAGCUAGGAGUAACAUUCCUGAUUUUGAGUUUGUGAACUCAUUUUACUGAUUCCUAUCCUCUUUUGAAUUAUUACUGUAUUUACAGGUAUCAAAACAAAACACAUUGCUAUAUUCUAAGUUGUAGCUAGGAGUAACAUUCCUGAUUCCUAUCCUCUUUUGAAUUAUUACUGUAUUUACAGGUAUCAAAACAAAACACAUUGCUAUAUUCUAAUAGAACAUUAAAGGAAUAAGACAUGAAAUUAUAUUACAUAAACUUGGAGACAGAGUUACCCAAGAUGUCAAGAUGAAUUACCUGUUGCUAUCUAUAAAGAAACUUAAGCAGAUAUGCAUCCUAAAACAUUCUAAUAGUUAAAUUUUUAUUUUGUUACAGGAUGUGAUUAUAUUGUCAUAAUGUGAUACUAAAUUAUAAGUAAUUUUGUGAUUGGUGAUUUUAAUCAAGUAUCAAUACAAAAUAUGUAUAAUAUACAAGAGUCCUUCCUAAGCGCAAUUUAGAUAGACUUUUUAUAAUAUCUGAAGUAGAGCUUGGCUAUUAACUUGAGUAGUGUCCGAGAUUAUUCCAACUAUUCAAGUAAUCAAAAUAUUACCAUUGUUAAUUUUGAUUUGUGUCACAAUUCAUGAAAAUAAUUUUUCAUUAGUACAAACAUCCAAGUCUUUAUUUGAGAAUGAUAUUUUAUCAAAUUACACUCAUCACCCAGCUUCAGUCUAAAGUGUAUAUCAAAUCAGUUUUGAAUAUCUCUCUUGACGAUGAAAAGGUGAUGUUUAUCAAACUUGUAUGAUAUUUAAAUGUUUCAUGGUAGUGUCAACUGUCAUGUUUUUUAUUUUAACUAUAUAUUUAGUUUAUAAACAGAAAAAAUACUAAAAUAACUUUAUAUUUAUUUGUUUAUAAAUUUUGUACCAGUUAAAAACAUCAUGGUUUCAUACCUACUGAUUUCAAAAUGUUUUUUAACAAUGUAGAUGCUAUGUAGUUUAUAUUCUGAUUUGACAGAAAACAAUCAAGAAAAACUUGUGACCCAUUGUGUCCACUUUUACCAUGAAUUUAAUGUUAUUGGAGAAAAA